AUGAGUUCCGUUCGAGCGCGCCGGUCCGAGACGAGAUGGGUCACACGAUUUAUGCCCAUCCUUCUAGCCGCCGUUUUCGGUCUGGCAACAUACACCACGGCCAAGAGAGUUUGCGUGGAUCACUUCCUCCAUAGGCGUCAACAAACCAGCGCUGCGAUCGCAAUCCUCGUCUUCUACUUUGUCACUUUUGUCCUAAUGGUCUUGACCUAUAUUCGACUCUUCCUGGUUAUCCAUCAAAAUCCCGGCGUCGUCGCCCUCGGACAGCGAGCGAUAUGGCGGCUGGAGAAGGAGGAGAAAGAGAAGCCAAGUUGGCGUCGACACAAGCAUAAACAGACCGACGACAUAGAGGCCAAACCUUACAGCAAUGUUGGACCAGACGAGGACCCUGAUAGCCCGGGGCUGGAGUCCUUUUACAGCAAAGACGUUUUCAUCUGCGAACCGGACGGAAAACCACGAUGGUGUCUCAGCUGUUGCACCUGGAAACCAGACAGGGCGCAUCACUGCAGUGAAAUUGAUCGAUGCGUCAAGAAAAUGGACCACUAUUGCCCGUGGGUUGGGGGGAUUGUGGGUGAGACAUCGUUUAAAUACUUUAUCCAGUUCACGUUCUACGGAUCGCUUUGCGCCAUUGUAGUUAUCACUGCUUGCGCCCUUUGUACGCGACAGCGAAUCAAAGCUGGUUACGGCCUCGAUGGUUUUGUCAUUGCCAUGCUGGCUUUAAACGGCCUCCUUGGAUUUUUCGCCAUAGCCAUGUUCACCACAUCCACGCGGUAUGCGUUCAUGAACAUGACAAACAUCGACUACCUCAAGUCCAAAAACUUUGUACACAAUCUCGCCAUCCGGGUCCCUAGGGGCACUCAAUCUUGUGAAAAGUACAAGGUCAUCACCUAUCCGAUAUCGAAACCGGGAGAUGCGGGCCCGCAGUUGUUUGGGGAAGCUGGUGCAAGAGGUGCGGCCAGCGAGAGGGAUAUGCUGGCAACACGCACCUUCGCCAUCGUGAAAACCGAGCUGGGUGAGAAUCCAUGGGAUCUAGGCUUCUAUCGAAACUGGAAAUCCAUCAUGGGUAACGGGCUUGUAAACUGGCUAUUACCUCUCAAGGAUUCGCCCUGCGCGACGUAUGAGAACAACGAGAGCUUUUACGAAAUGGGACCCAUAUAUCAAAGCGUGCGGGAAAGGUUCGGGCUUCCCCCGCUAACCGACGACGAGAAGGGGUUUACCACCUCAAAAACCGAGGCCGGAGCACAGCCUAAGGAGAGGAAACAAGUUAAGAAGCAGGAGCAGGGACAACAGGACCAGAUGCAUGGGCCGGCGGCAAACUUGUGA